GCAGCCCUUUUGACCCAUCAUGCAGCUGUCUCGAUCCCGUUUCGCAGCCCAGCCUAUUUACCCAGCCCUUUGUCGAUUCUAUUUCAUUCGCAGGCCCAGCCCAUUUUUUAUACAGAUAGCAAGUUUAUUGUUCCAUAUAUGAUUCUUAGUAUUUGAAUAUAACAUAUAACAUAUAAAUCUAAUAAUAUUAAAAUAUAUUUUGUUUUUGUUAAGGGUAGUAGAACAUCUGACAUGAAAACCGAAGAACUAAAAUAUAAAAAAUGAAAAUUAUAUGAUAUUCAUAAAAUUUUCCAUCUGCUUUGUCUUAAAAAAAAAUAAUUACGUAACUAACAUUGCAUGAUGUUACGUACAAACUUUUGUUAGCUUUUAUUUUGUAGUUUUAUGAUAAUUACAAUAGUAUACAUAAUGAGAAUGAAUAAUAUAUAUAGAAAUUAUGUCGUUAGUUAUUGAAACUACUUUGAAAAUUUAAAAUAUUUAUUUUUUAUUUUAUACAAUUUUAAAUCUAAAUCUCAAAUCCCCACCCGUUAAUUAUAACCCUAAAUAACCACAUCACACUAAAAUCUUUCAUUUUACUAAAUUUAAUAAGUAAAAUGACAUUAAUACCCUAAAUAUAUUAAAAAUUACAUUGAAAGUGGAAUAAGCUUACAUUGAAAAUGGGUGCCCUUUCAUGCUUCUAAGGAAUUUAAAUCAAAAGAAAGGGUUAUGCAAUGGAACACGUCUGAUUGUUCCUUACCUAGGUGAGUGUGUUAUUAGAGGUGAAAUAGUUACAGGCUCUCAUAUUGGAUAUAAAGUGGACCUUCCAAGAAUCAUACUAUCGGAAUCAGUAACUAAACAUCCAUUAACCCUUGAAAGGCGGCAAUUUCCAAUCAGGCUAUGUUACGCAAUGACAAUUAAUAAAAGUUAGGGUUAGAGUUUGAAAUGUGUCUUAUUGUAUUUGCCACAACCCGUUUUCACCCAUGGACAGCUCUAUGUUGCUUUUUACCGAGUUAUUACCCAGACAGGCCUCAAAAUUAUACAAGGAAAGGAUCAAAAGAUAGGAAGAGUUAAAAACAUAGUCUACAAAAAAAUAUACAACGGUCUACCUCGCUCCCCUAAAAAAAUAUUAUUUUGCAACACAAUUCACAACACAAUCCAAAAAUACUAAAUUCCUUUCUCUCUCCCCCAGAAUCACGAUCAGAUGCUCACCCAGAGCAGAUUCCCCGGAAUCACGAACAAAUUUCUAUACCCUAAGAUGCAAGUAACCAGUAAAUUUGCCGACCAAAACUCUCCGAACUCAAUAAUGAAUAUGUACUAACAAAAUUAUUUUAUAAUAAUAGGCCCGCUCGCAAUAGAAAAUGCCAUCUCUACAAGACCAUUCACAAUAUACUUCGCAGACAUCGUCUACGUCUUAUCUUAUUUUUAUUCCUUUUCGUUAGCUACCAAACUCUAUUCCCUUUGGACAAUUACUUAUUUAUACUGUCAAACUAUUUAGUUUUGAACUGUGUGAACUGGAUAACGUUCCCUUUAGAUUGGAUUGGAUUGCGUUUACACAGGUAAUAACAUUUUAUUAAAUAAUAUUUGUUUUAAGCAAUAAAUAUAUAAUACAAUAAUUUUUUGUAGAUCCAAAAUGGUACGUCUAACCAUAUGGGACAACGAGGCGGCUAAUUUCAGGGAGUUAAAUCGCAUAUCUACCAGGAAAAACCAAAUCGUAAUCAUCACAAGUAUCAUUCCAAGGUUACAUGAAAGUAAUAAACUAAACAAAAAGUUAAUGUCAAACUAAAUACUUACAAAUAUUACACUUAUACAGGAAAACUAUCAUUCACGACCACAUCAUGAUCGCACUUUUACUUUGACACCGACAUUGAUAUCAUACAACGCUUCUAAAAGACGAAUAAACUGCUAUCCUAAGCCUGAUAGCAAACGACACAACUCAAUACUCAAAAAUACUCUUUUCUCCUAUGAAAUUUGAUUGCUCAACACAAUAUAUUAUUCAAACUUACUUUUGUUUAGAAAAGAAAAACUGAUCACCGCGCAUCACAUUCAAAUAAAAACUCCAUGGUUAAAUCUACAACACACAAAAUUAACAAACACUUUCUUAAACUAAAAACUACUAAUCAAAAAUAUAAAUUUUCUUAAUUUGAACAUGUUAUCCGCGCGUAGCGCGGACACCGAAUCUAGUAAUUAUGUAAUAAAAACCUGUCUCUAUGUACAUUCGUUUUUUUAAUCUGUCUGGAUUGUUCAACCCAAUCGUAUAAAUAUUAAUUAGUCAUCUUUAUACUUUAUGCUAACAAUUGACAGCAGACCGUAAACACAUUUUUAUUUACAUAGACAAAGCUCUCUCUAAAGCCUGACCCACUUUAACAUCAUUAAUUAUGGGCUUUGUUUGGGUAAACCGUAAACAUAACAUAUUUGAACGCAUUUUCUCUAAUAAUCUAUAUUUGUUAAUAAGUUAUAAUUCCACCGAACUUCACGGCACAUAAUUAAAACAAUAAUGAGAAAAUAAUUUGAACCACUUCAUGCGCAGUAUGUCCUCCUUGGCCCUUGCCAGCUUGUCUCUUUCACACAAACCUCCGACUCUCUCUCUCUCCCUAAAACGUAAAACCAGUCGCAUCUCUGUUUCUAGAAAUCACGAACAAAGAUGUCGUCGGAUGAUGAAGGAGGAGAGGAGUAUCUCUUCAAGAUUGUGAUAAUCGGCGACUCGGCCGUCGGGAAAUCGAACCUUCUGUCUCGCUACGCACGUAACGAGUUCAACGCCCAUUCUAAAGCCACGAUCGGCGUCGAGUUUCAGACGCAGAGCAUGGAAAUCGAAGGCAAGGAGGUCAGAGCUCAGAUUUGGGAUACUGCUGGUCAAGAACGCUUCCGUGCCGUUACCUCCGCUUAUUACCGCGGCGCUGUCGGAGCAUUCGUUGUUUACGACAUCAGCCGUCGUACCACCUUUGAGAGUGUCGGACGUUGGCUCGAUGAGCUCAAGACACAUUCGGAUACAACGGUGGCGAGGAUGCUGGUGGGAAACAAGUGCGACCUAGAAAGUAUGAGAGCGGUGAGCGUGGAAGAAGGCAAGGCCCUGGCAGAAACUCAAGGAUUAUUCUUCAUGGAAACAUCAGCUCUCGAUUCAACAAACGUUAAAACUGCUUUUGAGAUGGUGAUCCGAGACAUCUACACCAAUAUUAGCCGGAAACAACUCAACUCCGACACAUAUAAAACUCAACUGGGUUCCAACAACCGAGUAAGUCUGGUGAAAGACGACAAUAAGGGAUCCAGUCAAGUGUUCGGUUUCUCUUGUUGUUCUUCCUCAUGAUCUCAUCUCAUUUUGGUUCUAUCUAUUUAUUCAUUUGUUACUACUCUCUACAAAGUAAUUCAUAAUUUUCUUCUUUUGUUUA